ACGCGCCGCGGCGGCGGUUCGCCUUAUAUAUGUGUCCCACAUUGCCAUUGGCACGGCCCAAUAAUCUGUUCUGGUCUACCAAAAUAAACCAGUUGAUUCAAAAGUUGCAAAACCCAACAACGCCGCCGCGGAGAGGGAGAUCGAUCGCCGGAAGAGGAGAAGGAGAUGGCUACCUCGUUGUGCUACACCAACGACGGCCACUACGUGGUGUCGUUCGACAAGGACGCCAUCCGCACGACGCUCACGGGCUGCGGCGACACGGUGGACUGGUGGCUGGACGAGAUCUACCGCGUCCACCGCCGCCGCCUCCACCGCCUCGUCGUCGGCCUUGACGUCGAGUGGCGCCCGUCCUACUACUACGCCGCCGGCCGCUACGCGCCCCCCGUCGCGCUGCUGCAGCUCUGCGUCGGCCGCCGCUGCCUCGUCUUCCAGAUCCUCCGCGCCGACUACAUCCCGGACUCGCUCUUCGACUUCCUCGCCGACGAGCGCUUCACCUUCGUGGGCGUCGGGAUCGGCGACGACGCCGCCAAGCUGCGCGCCGGGUACGGGCUCGAGGUCGGGUGCGCCGAGGACUUGCGCGGCCUCGCCGCCGACACGCUCGGGAACCCCGCGCUGCGCUCGGCCGGGCUGGCGGCGCUGGUGUGGGAGGUGAUGGGCGUGCAGAUGCAGAAGCCGCACCACGUGCGCGUGAGCGCCUGGGACGCGCCCGUCCUCUCCUACGGCCAGCUCAUGUACGCCACCGUCGACGCGUUCGCCUCCUUCGAGGUCGGCCGGAGGCUCUACGACGGCGACUACUAGGCUACUACUCCUACUUUUUUUUUUUGAAAAAGGCUACUACUCCUACCUAGCUAGGGUAUACCAUAGACAUGGUGUGGUUCGGUGUCGCAACGCUCAGCGCCUCCCCGUGCAGUCUUCAAUCUGCAGUCGUGGCCUGUAAACAAUAAACAUUCGGCUUAGUAUCGUCAAAUUGCCAAUUCGCUUGUAAUUGUACGUGGGUGUACCCGUCUAAUUUCGAUGGCUUGUGCCGCAUUUGAACGGCAUGUGAUUAGCGUUCGUCAUCUUAAGAUAAGAGUAGCACUCCAGUACUGAUCCAGUCCGGCCCGUUUACAAUAUGUCAAUAUACGAGCGCGCGUGCCUUUUUUUUCCUCUAAUGUAAGUUUUUUUUCCAGGGGAAAAAUAUCAGCUGUCUCUUCCCACAGAAAAACUCUUAUCGGCGCGGAAGGAUAUGGGCCUGCACAUAGAUAGAUCAGGUGCGCAUUCUAUGGGAACUAUUUUUUGGAGACUGCUGGAGAAUGUUCUCAGCUCCCAAUACUUCCAGUUACUAAUCUUGGGGGGAAAAAACUUGCC